UUUUAGGCUCUCGUGAGAAGCUAACUUCUCUGGGUAAUGGAUUUAUAAUUUUCAAGGCCUUGAACUGAGAAGUUAUUUUUCACUUUUCUUGUCGACUUCAACGGUUUAUUGCUGUCAUUCGUACAUUACCAUAUCAAAAGAAAAAGACGGCCACCAGUGAGUAUCACAGAAAUGCUCAUCGCUUUGGCAAUAAUCACAGCAGUAUUGGUAAACAUGUCACCAACAUGUUCCUCCUGCCCAAGCCCUGCUGUGACGUACGCAGCAGAAACUGACAAUGUCACACUUUGUUGGCAAAUUCCCGCAGAUAUUGACAUCAAACGACUGACAAGAUUCACAGUGCUUGCCUUGAAAAGGCCAGUUCAGCUUGUGAUGGAGAAAGUAGCCUCUGCUGGAGAUAGUGGAAAGUUUUUUAGAACCUACGAUGAUUAUCAUGAUGGUUUGUAUAGCGGACGAGCAACAAUGGAUGCUGAUCUGAGCGGAAGAAUGGUGUUCUUUAGGAUUACAAAUUAUUCAACCGCGAUGGAGAAUGUCUACUGUAUAUUGUAUGAGAUGUUUGUACUCAAUGACGUACUCAUGUGUCAUUCUCAUGCAAUUUUCUUGCGAACAGUUGUACCUGUACAGAUACAGAAUUGCACUCCUAACCUUACUCUUACCGCCUCACAAGCGCAACCAGUAACACUGACCUGCUCUGUAACUGGAAAACCUCAGCCGCGAGUGGCCUGGUACUCUCUUCCUGACAUGGUCCUCUUAAAAUCAAGCAUCACUUCCCACUCAGCUCUCGUGAUCACAAAGUCAGCAGUGGAGAUCAGAGUAAAGAGAGGAUUACGACAGUACUUGUUUGAGACAGUUAACCACCCUAAUGGAAAGAAACGAACUCGUGUUCUCACUGUUUAUGGAAAAUAUGACGAAAUUCCUAGUACCGCAGCGAAUAACGUAACAGUAGCAGGCAUGACAAGCGCCACACUACUUACCACUAAGCCUACUCAAGGUCAGCCUGAGAAGCUCUCUGACACAAAUCUGCGGACAGGACUGAUUGUAGUCAGUGCUAUAUUCGGUCUGUUCUUGGUUGGCGUCGUUUUUUUGGUGUUACGGUACCGAAGAACACAGCGGAACAAAAGUCUAGGGAACAAAAGAGUACGGCGAAAUGACACUGAAAAAUCUGCAACACCAUUGACGUCUUGCGAAGCAACUUAAAUUAUCAAUCGAUAAGGAACAAUCCAAAGUCUGGAUUAUGUUUAGAUUAAAGGAAAAAAAAAAGAAAAGAAGAAAAAAAAAAAGAAACCAGGAAGGGGUCGAUCCCCAUCUUGUUCCAGACCUCAAAUGCGCAAGCACAAAAAUUCCUUUUUAGCGCCGUGUGGCUAGCGGUUCUUGACAUGAAAUCAUAGUAAGCAACAACAGUCCCAAUAACGGAAAGAAGAGCUUUCAACUGCGCUAAAAACCUCGCUAAAUCUAUUGUAAAUACGUGACUUUGUUUCAGUCUACAGGGAAAGAGGAAUACCUACCAUAAAUAAUUCGAUCCUAAAUAGGAUUAUUGGAAAUUACCACUUAAUUUUUCCUUCUUAUUUAUUUCCAAGCAAACAUCACAUACGUCAGUAAUACAGAUUACUGUUGCGUAGUGGUACCAUUAGGCCUUUGUACAGUUACAAAAAUUUAGGUUUCCUUCCUGUGCAAAGUAACGAGCAAAACAUAGAAUGAUACUGAAACAAGUCAACUAUAGUCGAUUUAUUUACAGCGGCUGUGAACAUCCUUAACUGCUGCUUCAUGUACACAGCUUUCAUAUUUUUAGUAAACAAUGUUAAUUUGCAUAGUCUCGGUGGUUCAAUUUCUUUUCCUUAAAACGUGUAUUCAAUAAUCAAAGUUAGUGAUUUUAUCAAGCGACCUUAUUCCAAUAUGUGUACAAUAUGCUUUUCACUGAUUGUAAAUAAGAAGAAUCCCUAAAACAAAAAGAAAAGGGAAUGGAAGGGAAGGAGAUAAUGGCACAGUUAAACACCGUGAGGGCUCUGAACAAGAUUUAAAUUGAGGAGCAAAUAGUCUGUGACGUUUAUGUACAAUUGCUAUGUAUAUAAGGCGUUUUAAAAUAUAUUACAAACAAUUAAUUCUAGCAUUCUCAACCGUAAGUGGAGAAAUUCAAAGAAGAAAAAGGAAAAAAAAAAGGCAGAAAGCUAGAACAUAAAUGAAACUGCAUAUUGCAAUAAGGUCUUUCUAUUACUGUAGCAAUAAUAAAGCGUCUUACUUAGGAGAGUCAAGUGGUUGGUCAACGACCUUUAACAUGAACUUAAUAGUUAGUAAAGCAUUAUUAUCAAAAUUUAACCAUUACUUUAUUAAACGAAUUUGUCAAUUUUA